AUCAUCUCUUGGUGGUUAGUACUCAGCUGGAUUAUUGAGGCUACUGAAGUGUCCUUUCGGCUGCUGAUGCGCGCUAACUGUAGAGUCAAAAUAAACCAGAUCUUUCAGUGUCCUCAAAGUCAAAACACCCAAAACAUCUUCACAACGACUUUAAAUCACACUAGAGUGGAAAAGUGGGGGUAGAACAGAGUAAGAAUGCCUUUGGAUCUGGGACUGUACGAGCGCCGGGCAGAUUACAAAUCUGAGAAACGCUGCCAGAGAACCUCGCUGGCUUUCUAUCAGGCUGUGCGGGAUUUGCUGCCGGUGUGGCUGCUGGAGGACAUCCGCGCUUUCGAGGCGUUCCACUGGGAAGACGAAGGUCGCGCAUGCGCUUUCUCGCCCUCCGAAGCGCUGCUCUACGCGCUCGUCCACGACCACCAGCAGUACGCGCGCCACCUGCUCCAGCGCUACUCCGUGCACGCGCUGGACAUGCCGAGCGCGAGCUUCCGGUGCUGCGCGCACUCCGCCACGCCGCACGUCUCCGUGGCCGUGCGCUACAACCGGACAGACAUUCUCAAAGUGAUGAUGGAGACCCUGAAGGAUUUCGCGGACGACGGUAAAAGAAAGCUACUCUUGAAUCACCGCGGGUGCGCGCACGCAGACGGUGGCAAAACGGCGCUGCACCUGGCGUGCGUCCUGGCGCGCCCGGAGUGCCUGCUGCUGUUGCUGGGACACGGCGCGUGCCCGUACGUCACAGACCGGGCCGGAGACACGCCUCUGGACUGCCUGCUGCAGCAGAUCAACCAGAGCGACAUGGACAUGCGUUCGAAGCGCGUGUGCCUCGGGUACCUGGUGCUGUUCAUGCCUGCGUUACGCUUCCGCAUGCGCACGGAGUUGCAGGAGAACCCCGCGCUCUGGAGCCGCCUCAUCGGGCAGCAGGCGCUCCAGUGGCUCUCUGGUCAAUGCCCGCCGUCUCUCCUCGUCCAGUGCAUGCGCCAAGUGACUCGAUCUGUUCCUGAUCAACAGCUCCAGUCCCUGCCGGAUUUCCUCAGACCACCUGAUUUCAGAUUACACCAGUCUUAACGCUGGUCGGUCUCCCUCCCUCCCUGACUUUGAAGGGCAUCGACCCGAUCCCAUGUGUAAAGCUCUUGCUGCUUAGGACUGCUACACUAAAUUACUGCACUGUAAACAUGUGUAGGUUAUAAAACAGUAUCUCCAAGUGA